AUGAAGAACGUCACUUUCUGCCGCAUGCCUGGAGAGGAGGAUCCACAUCUCGGGAUUGCCGUUCGGGAUCCAACCCUGCUCGAUCGAGUCACCCGAGGUCUACAGCGAGGGCUUGAACGAACAUCCACGUCACCAAGCACUCCCCUCGAUCCGGACACGCAAUAUUCGGCGAAAAAGUAUUUGGACAACUACGAUUUUGCGGCACUUGCCGAGGAAGACGGCAAUUCCUUCCCUCUCGAAAGGAUCAUAUUAGAGUUCAUCCGCCCCAUCGUUAGGAUGCUGUACGGAGAUCCUCGCCUCGUCAUAGACGCCAGAGAACCGCGCUCAACCAUGGGUCAAACUGGCGAUCUUAACUGGGCGAUGAGGAGUGCGUCGACCAUGCACACUACAGGCUUCGAACCGUUGACGACAAUCGCGAUGGACGCUACAUCAAAGCAGGCGCUUGAGUCGAUCUUUGAGCAAGCUUCUCGGAGUGGGGAUGUGGACCUCGACGUUCUCGACAUUCACCUCGUCAAAGGAGGCGUCAACCAAAUACUGAAAUUGGAUGACGGCUUGGCGAUUGCGGUCAAGGUGAGCGACUCUACGGCAUGUGUCAGAAGUCUAAACUGGCGCUAGUGAGUUGACUUGCUGUUUCAGAUGGCCCUGCAUAUCCAUAGUGCGGUGAACGGGCGGUUCGGCCUGCUCUGGGGGGCGACCUUUUUCGCUGUGACCGAGCUCGGUGAGUUUCCAAAGCGGGGUGGUGGCAUCGCUGGGAACUCGAGAUCUGACUUGGGUUCUGGGACGGUGGCUCCUGCGCUAGUUGAAUUCGAGGGAAGGACCCAUCUUGCGGUCAGCGACGUGUGUUCGAUGUCCGCCAUCCCUCCGAGCGCGACUGCACCCAAGAUCCAGCCUUUCUUUGGCAUCUUUAUCUCGCUCUUCAUGAGCCACCAUCCCGAGUAUCGGAUCGAUGCCCCCUCGGACGACGAAACGCGGGCAUGGCAUGCCGCCGCGGAGGAACUCGAUCGCUCCACUGCCCUCGCCCGCCCUCGACCGAUGCCCAAGCUCGACGAUGCAGUGGUCCCUCUUCUUCAAGAUGCCAAGACCGUGAUUGGCUUGCGACACCGUCCGGGUAGCCAAGUGUGUACUCGAUUUGCAUCUUCCGCUUUCUUGAGCCAUGCACUUAUAUUUGGGGCACCUCCUGAACUCUUUGGCAGAUCGUUUGUGAUAUCGAGACAAACACAAACUCGAGUAUGAUCGCGAUGGGCGUCGAACUCGAAUGCGACAACGUGGGUGCGACUUCCGCUCUUGGCUUGACUUGACAAAGUGUGCUGACGUGUUGUUACUUUCUCAUUCUUUUGUCGGUGCCAGUUCUUCGGGUCAGAUCUCAGUCAAGCCAAUCUUUGUGAAUGUCAAGAGACCGCACCAGUCUUGCCCUGGCUCGAUAUACCACCCGCGGAUGCGAUGAAGCUCGACCGUCUCGACCUCGUCACGCCGCUUGGGCGUGGUCUGACUGCCACGGUUUGGAAAGCCAAGUGGUCGCGUCGAUCGGGGCCGGGAAAUGUCCGCAGGUCAUCGCGCCUCGCCCGCCGGAGCGAGGACGUUCCUGUGGUCGCCAAAGUCGUGCCGGCUGCGUUCGCGUCAUCGGUCGCUCGCGAGUACUUCAUCUACACCCAGGCUGUGCCUCGGCUGUCUCCCGAAGCUCGAGCAUACAUUCCCAAGUUUUUCGGUCUCUAUCGGAGUGGCUGGGACGGUGGAGGCUUCGUGCUCGUGAUGGAAGAUGUCGGACAGCCAAUCACGGACAAGGAGUUUGACGCGGGUGAUGAUGACGAAGGCAACGAGGCUCGGUCAGAUAAUUUUUUCCUCCAAUUUCGUCCUCUCUGGAUGCUCGAUUGCUGACCCUCGCUCCUCUGACUCCUUCAGGGCUGCCUUCGAGUUGCUCAGCAAAGAGGGGCUUUCUCACCAGGAUGAGCGCGCUAACAAUGUUCUUCGGCGCGAGGAUGGUCGACUUUUCAUUAUCGAUUGGGGAGAAGCAGAGUUCUAUCCGCCGCCACCGGCUGCUCUUCGAAGCGGCGUGGGCAAGGAUGGUGCAAAGUCGUAGCUGCUGCACCUCGCGAGGCGUGUACUCUUAUACCUCGGACUCCUGCACACUGGCACAAGCUAUUUGUGAUGCCGAGGCGAACACGCAGUCGUGCGUGGUCGCGAUGGGCCUUGUACUCGAGUGCAACAACGUGAGCCCGACUUUUCGUCAUUUCUGAUGUCGUUCUUUGGUUGUUGGGUCGAUGUCAAUUCUAUUCAAUUUGCAUGAGGCCGCCGACGAGGUCCCGGAAGUUCUGCCCUGGUUCGACAUGCAACUCGCGGAUGCGACGAAGCUCGAUCGUCUCGAUCUUCUCACUUCGCUUGGGCACGGUCGGUCGGACGGGCACGGUUUGGAAAGCCGAGUGAUCGCGUCCAUCGAGACCUGGAUAUGCCCGCAGGUCGUCGUCGCCUCGCCCACCGGACCGAACGUGUUCCUGUCGUUGUCAAACUCGUCCCGGCUGCGUUCGCGUCGUCGGUCGCGCUUCUAUCGGAAUCAUGGCUGGGACGGCGGAGGCUUCGUACUCGUGGUGAAAGAUGUUGGUGAACUAGUCCCCCAGAAGGAGUAUGCUUCACGUGUUUCAGAGGUCCACAUCGUGGCUCAGUGAGUGCAUUUCCUUGUCUGCCUUGCGUUCACUCUGUCUUCCUGGUCGUGCGAUGGCUGAUCUCUACCAGUCUGCUUCUUUAGAGCCGCCUUUCGACCGUUUCAACCAGAAGGGUUACACCAUUGGCAGAAGUGCGCCAGCAAGGCUCUCCGGCGCGCGAACGGGCGCGCGAACGGUCGACUGACCGACUUGCUCCACGUCAACUCGCUCGACGCCUCCAUCACUUUUGCCACUUAGAGGGUGCUCGAGACCAUUUUCCGAAGAGGGGCAACGCCGGCAUUUUGCCAACUUUGGCAAGUUGAAGGAUAUCAAGGGGGGUCGAUGGGGCUGGCCCUUGGCUUGUGUUCUGGUGGGCCCCAUUGCUUCGUCUAUCCGCUGUCGCUGCAAUCCAUCGAACUAACCCAUACAUUGAUCUUUGCUGAACCCCACAGGACGUUUUCACCGGCUUCGAUCAACUGCUGCGCACGACCCCGCCAAAUAAAGCAGGCCUUCAUUCGGCGUGCCUUGCCUUGCUUUGUUUUGCUUUGGUGCCAUCCGGCGAGCGCCGAGCGCUCGGCGACUUGCGAGCCAAGGACGUCAGGAAAGCCGGAUUUGGCGGGAAAGUUUCGACGUAG